AUGGGAUUUCAUGGAAGAGCACAUAAACCGGAUGAUAGUUGCUAUGCUUUUUGGAUUGGAGCAUCUUUGAAUGUAAUUAUUAUUUAUAACGAAAAUGUUCAGUAAAUUGGCUGUUUUCAGAUUCUUGGAGCAUAUAAUCUUGUUUCAACAACACAUGUUCGAGAAUUUUUGAUGAUUGCUCAACAUUCUCAUAUUGGUGGUUUUUGUAAACUUCCUGAAGUUUCCGGGUAUUCUGGUCAGUUUUUUUUUGAUAAUAAAACGCAAAAGUUAAAUCUGGAGCAUUUUCAGAAUUCUAUUUUUUUAAUUGAAAUAAGAAAUUAAUUUCAAAUAUUUUCAAAAAAUAUUUUUUUCAGAUUUACUCCACACAUAUUUUUCAAUUGCCGCUUUGUCUCUUAUGCAUCAUCCAGCUAUAAAUCCAGUUCAUUCCGCAAUGAAUGUAUCAAAACGAGCAUAUGAAAGAAUUGUUCAUCUCAAAUUCUGA